UUUGAUCCUUGGUUGGUCCGGGGAGUAGGAAACCGAGAUGGAAGGGAAGGGCGCGAGCUUCGAGGUCCGGAUAAGACCCGCCGCGGGGUUGGGCUGAGACCAUCAUCUUUAGGAAGCCGCAGUUGUGAAGACAUUGCUUCUCUGCAUAUCAAUUUUUAUAUCCAGUGGAAGAGACUUUCAGCAGGGUCUUCCUGCUGAUCUUUGCCCCUGCUUGGGCUCCUAAUAAAAGCGGCCAUGGAGGAGGCCAGCACCGUGGAGGAAGGCGAAGUCACCUCGGGGAUGCAGUCCUUGGCAGUGGAAGAUGAGCCUGCCUCAGAGCCACCUCCGACCACCGAGGAACAAGAUGGCGCACCUGGGGAGAGAGAUGGAGAGCAGAUGGCGAAGGGAGACGAGUCGGCCGAGGAGGAUUGGUGCGUCCCCUGCAGCGAUGAGGAACUGGAGUCCCCAGACAGCUGGAUGCCUCCCCCUGAGGAGAUCCGGCGCCUCUAUGAGCUCAUUGCUGCCCAGGGGACCCUAGAGAUCCAGGCAGAGAUCCUACCCCGGCGCAACCCUACCCCAGAGCCUGACAGCGAAGAUGAGGAUAAAUCUGAUGGGCAGCUGGAGAACCAGGAAGAAGAAGAGGAAGAGAAGCCUCACGUGCCAACAGAGUUUGACUUCGAUGAUGAGCCUGCCUCCCCUAAGAGCUCCUUGAUCAAUCGUCGGAGAACUCCUGGGACCUCAGCUAAGAGCCAGAAGAGGGAGGCUCGCAUGGACAAGGUGCUGUCCGAUAUGAAGCGCCACAAAGUCUUAGAGGAACAGAUAAUGAAGACGGGCCGAGACCUCUUUGACCUUGACUCAGAUGAUGUGCCCACUCCAAAACGGCCACCAGGUCUCUUCCUGCGCCAGCGCAAAUACUGAGUGCAGUGGAGGCAAUGGGACCUUUUAAAUCCUUUCGGGCCAAGUGGAACUGUGGACUCGUGGGUUCAAUGCGAGGGGAAGGAAAUUGCUGGACGGACCCAUUGGGUCAGACAAUGUACUUUGGUUUGCAUCUUGCACUGACAGGCAGGAAGCACUUGCUUUGGGUUAUUUGAGUGUAAAUAAAAGCUAGCGAGUUUGUUUUUA